AGAUCAGAUCGCUUCGAUUUCCUGGUCACAAAAUUCAGUUCCCGACGACCGGUUGCUAGUUCUCUGUCUCGUCGAUCGUCUUCGACGUCGGUGGAUAUCUGUUCCAAACGCCGCCGGCCGGCAUGUCGCCUCAGGCAUGCAUGCACCGUGUGGUGAUCUGGUGAUCGGUGUAUACCGAUGAUGAUGAUGAUGAUGAUGCAGCAGCAUGCAGUCGCCUCCGCCCUAGGUCCCGUGGAGGAAGACCAUGUUCUCCAGCUGCGGCGGUGGCCCUAGGUCCCCUUUCAUCGACGACGACGGCCGCAAGGGCAAGUUCGUGAGGUUGGAGGAGACGGUCAGCCCGAGGAUCGGCGCCAUGGACGUCCCCGGCAGCGGGCACCAGAUGGACACCUACUUCUCCCGCCCCAAGAUCCGGUCCCGGUCCAUCCGCAUGGCGGCCGCCGGCGUGAUGAACCGGUCGGAGCGGCUCAAGAACUUCGGCCGCGUGUUCCAGGAGGACCUCAAGAACAUCUCGCUCAAGAUCUACGACCCGCAGGACCCAUUCCUGAUGCGCAUGAACCGCCUCUUCGUCUUCUCCUGCAUCAUCGCCGUCGCCGUCGACCCCAUGUUCUUCUACCUCCCUUCCGUCACCGAGACCGAGUACAACACCUGCAUCGGGUUCAACCGCAUCCUGGCAGUAGGCGCCACCGCCGUGCGCUCCGCCAUCGACUUCUUCUACCUCGCGCGGAUCAUGCUGCAGUUCCACACCGCCUUCAUCGCGCCGUCGUCGCGGGUGUUCGGCCGCGGGGAGCUCGUCAUCAACAACAGGGAGAUCGCGCACCGCUACCUCCAUCGCUUCUUCAUCGUCGACCUCCUCUCUGUGCUCCCACUGCCGCAGAUCCAGAUGAUCAAGUUCUUCCUGCGGCCCAAGGGCUCGGACCUGCUCCCCAUCAAGACGGCGCUCUUCUUCAUCGUGCUCACCCAAUACCUGCCCCGUCUCGUCCGCUUCUACCCCAUCAUAUCCGAGCUCAAGCGCACCACGGGGGUCUUCGCCGAGACCGCCUUCGCCGGCGCCGCCUUCUACCUCCUCCUAUACAUGCUCGCCUCCCAUAUGGUGGGCGCCUUCUGGUACCUCCUUGCCGUCGAGCGCGUCGACGACUGCUGGCGUGAGAAGUGUGCCGGGCUUAAGUUCGACCAGUGCAUAAAAUUCAUGUACUGCGGGGGCGCCGGGGCGACCAAGGACGGCAAUUUCUCCGGGUUCAUGGAGUGGCGCACCAUGAUCAGGCAGGUGCUCAAGCAGGAGUGCGCGCCCAUGGACAACAGCGGCACGGGCUUCAACUACGGCAUCUACAGCAAUGCCAUCACCUCGGGGGUCACCCACACCCAGGACCUCAUCCCCAAGAUCCUCUUCUGCCUCUGGUGGGGCCUCCAGAACCUCAGCACCGGCGCACAGGGGCUAGAGACAACACACUACAAGGGGGAGGCCCUGUUCGCCAUCAUCCUCGCCCUCUUCGGCCUCAUCCUCAUGGCGCUUCUCAUCGGCAACAUGCAGACGUACCUCCAGUCCAUGACGCUGCGGAUGGAAGAGAUGCGGCUGAAACGACGGGACUCGGAACAAUGGAUGCGCCACCGCCACCUCCCCGACGACCUCCGGGAGCGCGUGUGGCGGCACAACCAGUACAAGUGGAUGGAGACACGGGGCGUGGACGAGGACGGGCUGGUGAGCUGCCUCCCAAAGGACAUCCGGCGAGACGUGAAGCGCCACCUCUGCCUCCGCCUGGUCCGCCGCGUGCCGCUCUUCGCCAACAUGGACGAGCGCCUCCUGGACGCCAUCUGCGAGCGGCUCAAGCCCAGCCUCUGCACGGAGUCCACCUACGUGGUGCGGGAAGGGGACCCCGUCGACGAGAUGUUCUUCAUCAUCAGGGGCCGGCUCGAGAGCUCCACCACCGACGAUGGACGCAUAGGGUUCUUCAACAAGGGGCUCCUCAAGGAAGGCGACUUCUGCGGCGAGGAGCUGCUCACGUGGGCGCUGGACAAGGCGGCGGCGAACCUGCCCUUGUCCACGCGCACCGUCAAGGCGAUCUCGGAGGUGGAGGGCUUCGCGCUGCACGCCGACGAGCUCAAGUUCGUCGCCGGGCAGUUCCGGCGGUUGCACAGCAAGCAGCUGCAGCAGACGUUCAGGUUCUACUCGCAGCAGUGGCGGACCUGGGCGUCGUGCUUCAUCCAGGCCGCGUGGAGGAGGUACCAGAAGCGGAAGAGGCUGGAGCAGCGGAGGCGGGAGGUGGAGCAGAUGUACGGCUCCGCGAUGGCGUCCACGUCGUCGUCGAACCAGAUCAAGACGACGUUCCUGGUGUCAAGGUUCGCCAAGAAAGCCAUGCGCAACGUGCUGCGCCAGCGGUUGCUCCAGGAGGAGAGCCUCAUCUUGCUGCCCAAGCCGCCGGAGCCGGACUUCGGCAGAAUCAACUACUAAUUUGGUUGUGAUCCACAACUGCGGGUGCCACACAUAUCUGACGCGAAAUUUAGAAAAUAAAACUGAUUUGACGAGAGUAGUGAUGACAGGAAAACAUGAACAUAUAAUAAGAUUUCUUU